GCCUCCUCCUCCAACUUGGGUUUUUUGCGAGAAUGGGAGGACGCGGCCGGGUUGUUGGCGGAGGUGGAGGUGGAGGUGGAGGUGGAGGCGGAUUUGUCCCGGGGACGACGAUUACCGCGUUUGGGUUCCUUGUCGGGAUGAUUCUCCUUGUCCUCCUUCCGAUCGGGAUCCCUGUCCUUGGCCUUUUCCUUCUCUUCCUUCUUCUCCUCUUUCCUGUCCUUAGGUCGGGCGGACGGUUCGUCGUCCUUCUUGCGACGUGACCGACGGGGGCGAGAUUCACGGGGGUGGGAGUCGAGGGAGGAACGCGCCUCAAGAUCGUCCUGAGCCGUCAAAUUCGACGGCUCCGGGGACAUGGUGAACAAGAACCAGCUCAGAGAGGAUGAUGGCGGAGCAGCAUGGAGGGGAUUGAUGGAUCGAGCUGUGGUGGUGGGCUUAGUUCUUUCUUUUUUUCUUUCUUUUUCCAAAAUUUUGGUAUCUUUUCAAUAUUCUGCUUGAGUAAUUUGUCCGAUUUUCUUUUUGGAUUCUUCUGUGGUGGGAAUAAAAAGGUUCGGUGUGGUGGAUUGAUUGGCGUGGGAAUGGGGAUGGCACGGAUGGAAACACCAGUGAAGGAAGAAGAAAGGGGGAAAAUUGAAAGAAGAGACGCGAGAGAGAACCGGAGAUGGAGAGCAGAGGAAAACCCUAGCUCGAGAUGGGGAAGCCAAGUAGAAAGGGACCACAGGGACCAAGGGACGAGAUGUGGAGAGAGAGAGAGAAAGAGAGAGAGAUGGGAAGAAUGGGGAGAGAAGGGAGAAGGAAAGUGGAAAAGAAGGAGAAAAAGAGAGGGAGAGAGAGGGAAGAAAGGAAAGCGACCUGUGGAAAGUCAUCAGUUAGUCCAGUUCUGUAUCAAUAUCGCGUCCAUUCAUCAGAGCCAACAGAGCCAAGUCAAUAUCAGGACCCGGAGAUGAGGGCCCGUCUGAUCUCCUCUCGACCAUCCUGUCAUUACCUUUGCAAUCAGUCAAUGAAACAGAGGAUCUCCGCCGUGAGGAGACAGAGAUAGAGACGUGGGAAUGAGCCGAGAGACAGG